GCCUCAUCACGUCACCGCUACCUUAUACAUACCACCGCGCAGCCGUUUCAUCGCGACUUGAACACACCAUGAAUCGGAUUUUUGGCUCAUCGAGCAGUAAGAAGCCCAAGCCUUCACUCCAGGACGCCAUCGCAUCGACUGAUGGUCGCAUAGCGUCCAUCGAAGUCAAGGUAAAGAAGCUCGACGGAGAGCUAGGGAGGUACAAAGAGCAAAUGAGUAAGCUACGAAACGGCCCAGGAAAGCAAGCCAUCCAACAGCGGGCACUCCGCACACUGAAGCAAAAGAAGAUGUACGAAGGCCAACUCGCCCAGCUUACCCAGCAAACUUUCAAUAUGGAAUCAGCCGCUCUCACCACGGAGAAUUUACGGAACACGAUGGCGACGGUUGAUGCCAUGCAACUGGCAAACAAGGAGAUGAAGAAACAAUAUGGCAAGAUUGAUAUUGACAAGAUAGAGAAUAUGCAUUUUGAAAUGGAGGACUUGCUGGAGCAGGCCAAUGAAAUUCAAGAGUCGCUAGGGAGGUCAUACGCAGUGCCUGAUGAACUGGACGAAGCAGAUUUAGAAGCUGAACUCGAUGCCUUGGCACUGGAAGAAGAGGAAGAAGGCACCUCAUAUCUUGCUGACAUGGGUAAAGUGCCCGACUUCAUUGACGAAGCACCAGUGGAGAUUGGAGAGACGCCAGUCCAACACGAAGCUGUAAAGGCAACAGGCUGAUGAGAUACAUUGAGCGUAACCUUUAUUUAAUCUAUCAUGGUGGUCGUUAUAAUGCAGACGUACAGAGCAAACAGAGCAAACAGAGCACUUGUAUUAUAUUUCACCAACCUUCUUGAUGCCAGCAACCAACCGCUCAUUUCUUCUCCAAAAAUCAGUCAAAAUCUUGGCAGUACCUGUAGGAUCAUCUUCCUGUAGCAUAUGACCAACGCCU